AUGGGACAAGGUGUUUUCCAAAUUUUUGGAUUUCCAAAGAGUGUCGACUAUUCUAUUUCACACUGGCUUCAAUCUGUACAAGAUGACCCUCUGUUGCAACAUCGAACGACACCGGAGUUGCCUCGGUCUGCAGAUAUCGUGAUCAUUGGAUCUGGUAUGACCGGGACAACAAUCGCUCAGAACGUUGCGAAAACCUGGCCCGAAGAGAAAGUGGUCGUUCUUGAGGCUCGUCUUUUCUGCUCCGGGGCUACCGGUCGAAAUGCUGGCCAUUGCAAACCUGACCAGUGGCGAGGUUUCACAGACUACGAGAAAGAUUUUGGUACGGAACAGGCUAUAAAGAUCUCGCAAGUGAAAGAUGCACAGGCAUGUUAUGCGUGGUCGGCAUCAACACUACACCCAUGGAAACUUGCGGCACACAUUAUGCGUGAUAAUAUCGAGAAAGGUAUUAACCUUCAGACGAAUACUGUAGUCACCGCUGUUAUCCGAUCGGAACAGUAUCAAGACAAGUGGGUUGUGAAAACUGAUCGGGGCGAUAUCGAAUGUUUAAAGGUCGUUCACGCAUCCAACGCUUAUAGUUCUGCACUCGAACCGUCUCUGCGCGGUUUGAUCACUCCAUGCCCUCACAUGUGCAAUAGAGUUACAAUUCCCAAAGAUAGUAAGAAUCUCUCAGCUUUGAAAGGCUCUUACGGCAUUCUCCUCGGGCAAGACAAUCUGAUUACCAUCAAUCCCCGUCUCAAUGGAGACGGUGCAAUUCUUUUCGGCGGCAGUAACCCGGGUCAAACUGAAUUCUGGAAGUGGCUUGAAAAGAAUCCGUACCGUUACAUUGACGACGGUAUGACCGGAUUCGACUCGAUUUCUAAGGCUAUCCACGAAUUCGCAGUAGAAGAGUUAAAAGGAUGGUCGACCGAAGAUAUCAUGAAGCAAGAAGAGACCUAUAAGAACGCCUGGAGUGGCAUUCUCGGGCUUACGGACUUCCAUUCAUUGGGCAGUUACCUGGACUUCCAGGCCAGUGGAUUUGCGCUGGGCACCAUGGACAUCUGCCUCGUGGAAGAUCCAGUAACGAGGACAUAUCGGCCACGCAAUUACGUUGAAGGCUUAGAAAAACGCGUGGCUUUUCUCGAGAACUUCCUAAAGCAAUACCAUCCAGAUCUUACCACUAGCAACUUGUCUGAACAUCAUGGAUCUCAGCCAGAAUAUUCCCCAACCCCCUUGCCUUCGGCACAGCAACACAUUGAACGCUCCAAUCAUCAACGUGUCAAUCAAUCGGUCUCAUCCAGGACUAAAGACGAUAAUAUCCAGGAAGACGACGACGGUGUCGAAAAGCUGGCAUCGAAGGUCGGCCUGCUAAGCCUGAGUGCAGCUGGAGCAGAGCCUCAAUACUUAGGCACAUCUUCCAUCUUCGCUUUCUCUCGGUUGAUCAAUUCGACUCUCCGUCAAGUGGUGGCUCCCGACCUGGCCACGACCAGGGCGCUCGAUACGACAGAGGACCGUUACCACCGGAAUACGAAACACUUCGCAGCACCUGCAGAUGUGCUUAGGGCAGAACUACGCAAAAGAGUAUUUUGGUGCGCCUACGUGGUCGAAAUUCAAGCUGCCGUUAUGUUGGGGCGACCUCUAGGUGUCCCUUACCAAGAAAUUGAUGCUGAAUACCCGAUCGACAUUGAUGAUUCAUGCAUCACAGAUACUGAGCUUGUUGGUACACCACGAACUUCGCCAAGUGAUGCACCAAACAACAUGACGAGAGCGAUUCAUACGUUUCGAAUUCGACGGCUGUUGAGCCGCAUUCAUACCCAUCUUUACUCAAGACCUGAUCCGCGUUGUUUUGGAAAGCAUAGCCAGCAGAUAGACGUACAGAACAUCCGCGCCGAGAUCGAAGAAUGGCGCGCAGAAAUUCCUCCCCCCGCUUCCCACGCCAACGAGGAGCUGGUCUUGUUUACAACCGAAGAUUGGUAUGAUCUAGAAUAUAACUACACGAUAUUACAGCUCUAUCGUGCGCAGAUUAUUGAUCACCGGGCAGAGACUACGGAUGGUGCAUUCUUGGAUUGUGUCAGGGCCGCAGAGAGUAUUUGUCAAAGCUAUCGUCGCCAAUUCGUGGGGAAACGACAGAGCUGUACCUGGACGGCACUCCACGAGCUUUUCCUUGCAGGACUGACAUUUCUUCAUUGUCUUUGGACGUCGUCUGCGGCUCAGGACGCAUGUGGUUAUGGAAAGGCAAACGCAACAUGUAAUGACUGUAUCAUCACAUUGGUUGUUAUGGCUGAACGAUGGGACGCCGCUGCGCCUUACCGGGAAAUAUUUAUCGCACUUGCAAACAGAACAAUGUCAAUGAUGAGUGAUAGGAUCGUUGAAAGUGCUUCUAGGAGCAUGACAUCGGCUGGUCCCGAGAAUCAUGACAAGGAGGACGUAACUGAAUGGAUGAGAAUUGUGGCCGAUGCAGGUGUGCUUAGGGGAUAUAAUGGGCUUCUGACUGGUCUGACAAGGGAUUGA